AUGUACCUCUCCUCCGGCUCUUCGGAGACGAAUCCUCUGCCGCAAAACGACAGAAGAUUAAAGGUUGUACAAUCCAAGACGGCGCUUGAGGUGGAACGCCUGGUUUCCAAAUCAUAUAUCCUACGCCCGACGCCUCUUCCGCGAUCACCAUCAGCACUUCAAUCUCCAUCUCCAUCGGGGUCGUUUUCUGUCUCUGAAGAGAAGGCGAGCAGUGAGAUUGAACACAAAUCUCCUUCCCUCUCGCACUUCAAGCAUGCGGACGAACGCGUCCUCCACGCUAACUCGACGCUUCCACGUUCGCACUCCGAUCACAAACCGAGACCAACAUCGCUCAACGCCUCAUUUUCUCCUCCCAAAGUAUACGAUCUCUCAUCCAUCACGCCUAGUAAUACUAGCAACUUUUCCUCAUCUGAGAAAGAUGUGCUACGGAAGCGUGUAAUCAAGCUUCGGAAGAUGCUUGGGGAGGACAUUCAUCCAGAGUUGCUGAACCCCUCCCAAAAUGGGGAAAAUAGGGCGGAGGUGUGCCGGAGGUGGAGAUUAGCAUUUAUCUUGGCUGUAAAAUUACGAUGCUGGAACGCGCUGGACUCACAAGGCGCGUAUUAUCGAUCAUCAGCUCCUGCUCCGAUUAAUAAUGAUCAAUUCAAACCAGGCCGCGACGAAAAAGCCGACUUCGUGGACUCGUCACCAUCAUCUUUGAAGAGAUCUUACAGGCCCUUGUCCCGGGCCCUAGACUCCCAAAGAAUCACGCCAAAGUACAGACCGCGGUUCGCCUCUUUGCCUCACCCGAUUCCUUCCGAGCUCCAGGCCCAGAUAGAUAUUGACAAUGACAGGAUCGCUCGCGGUCUUGCUAGCCCUCCUCUCACUGAUUUUAGUACUUUCGAAGACACCUAUCGCGGUCCACGUGGCAAAGGAUUCGAGGGCCUUUUUGCUCCGAGCGUAGAGCCCAAAAUCAAGCCUAUCUUGAAGCGAAAUCGGAGCUUGUCCGCUGGAGUUUCUAACGCGCAAAAGACCUUUUCACCGUUAAAUCUGUCGUCGGAUAGGAAACCAGACCCUCGUCGUAUUGUGGCGGCUCUUGAGCAGGUGCUCAAUCUCGGACCUCAGGACGUAGGAGAGCAUCUCGACAUCCAUGAGUUACUUGGGAUGCACCAGUUAGAUCAGCUCAAUUUCGAGGAGAGGGACGCAAUUAGGUCGCAGACGUUCCAUGGUGGUCGACAGGCAAUGCAGGACUUGACUGUAUUCGGAGAGCAUUUACGGAAGGUUUCGAUCUACGCUUCUAUCAGUGUAGUUCUUGGUGGUCGAGAUCACGAAUUGCCUGUUGUUGUCGUCAGUGCUGUCGAAGAGUUGUAUCGAACGGGAAUCUACCAACACAACCUAUUCCGUACUCUCCCUAACCGUGCUCGUCUCCUACAACUCAUCAGCAUCUUCGACUCUCAGCGUCAGCCCGCGGGCGAAGGUACACGCCAUCGAAUACCAUCCGGGGAACUACCCAAUCCCCCAUCCGGUUUCGGAGCCGAUACUUCACUCCAUCUAGAGUCGACCCCAGACAUCUGCGCCCUCCUCUCAACGUACCUAGCAUCCCUUCCAGAACCUAUCCUCCUUCCUACCCUUUUCCGCGCCGUCUGGGACUGGUGCGGGGUAGCGGAAGAAAACAACGAUCUCGACGGACCCCAUCGUUUCUCAAGUCGCCUAAUUGCUACCCAAACGCACGAAACAGACUCUACCCGAAUAAAAACCGCACAACUACUCCUCCAUCUCCUCCCAUCUCCCAACUUCUCCCUAUUGGUCUACCUGCUAUCGUUCUUCAGCCAAGUGGUAUUGGUGCGAGAAGAAAAUGGCCUUGGGGUGGAGGAUGUAGGUAGGAUGUUUGGCGGUAGGAUUUUCGGCGGAGGGACAACGCGCAAACACCACGGAUCAGGCGGUGAGCGUAGGAGGGAGGGGGAGACUAUGAUGUGUUGGUUUAUGAAUCGUUGGGGAACUAUCUCUGAGGGAUUGUUUAAUGUCGUUGAGGAGUUGACAUCGAGGAAAGAAUCGGGCGAUGUACAGGUUAAGACUGCCAAUGGUUCGGUUGGCACGUCGGGACAGACCCCAAAGAGUGCUUCCUCCGGAGACUUUGGGGGUUCACCCUCUACCUCUCCUUCGACUUUGAACCUCCCUUUCAUUCGCCCUUUAGAGAUCGGAAAGGGCUCUUCAAGUCAGCUACCACCCUCUGCCAGCGGGACUUUGCCUGUGAACGACCGCCAUUCUCCUCCCAAGCGCAUAGACAGCAUGUCCGACGGAAACGGGUUCAAAGUUGGAAACAAUCGCCCACUAUCCGCCGUGGAAAAUCGGGCGACAAGUCCACCAGAAGCCGACGCUUAUCAUUUUUGGGGCAAUCGUCACGCUGAAACGUCCGACAGGAAACUAAGAGAGCCCAAUAAAGUUAAAUCUGCCUCCUUGAAUGACCGCCUAGAUGUCUAUUCGGCCCAAGACAUCAGCUCAGAGGCCGCAAGCAUUAAUUCCGCUCCAGCACUCGAGGAACGUCUGCUGGACAUCUCUCCUCCCUCCGAAACCGAAGACACGAAUCAAGAACCCUCAUCAUCUGCAUCCACACCACGACCCUCCAGCGCGCAAACCAACCCGGAAUUAUCCCAAGCCCUCUCGCACAUCCUCUCCCUAGAGCUCAAACUCAAGAUGAGCGAGCUUCUUAUCGAAGAGUCUGCACAGGAAAAUGCGAAGGCGACGGAGAAAGUGUUGGCGUUGGAAAACCGUGUCAAAGAGCUCGAGCUGCAGGUUAAGGGUGGAGACGGUGCGAGGAUGGGUGUCGGGGUCGGUGCUGAUGUGCAUGAGGAUGGAGAUGGGUGCGGGCAACUGGUGGGGUCAGAUGGGGACGUGGUUUCGCGCACUCGAUUGGAGACAGCGUUGGGGGAGCGAGAUACUGCGAGGAGGCUCGUCGCGGACAUAAAGGACCUCAUAGAGCACAAGCCUUCUGUCUAA